UGGCUAGAGAGAUAGAGAGAGGAAAAAAAGGCAGAAGCUUUUCACACGGUGUCAAAACUCAAAAGCCGCCUUAUUUACGCUCCAUGUUUGCUUAGCAAAGGAAAAUAAAAGCGAUCAAAUGAACCAGACAAAUAUCCUUUUACUCAGAACGCCGAAAGGGCAGACCCCGUAGAAUAUCGAACGUCGCCGGAGAUCGGAAUCUGGGGAGGAGAGAGAAGAGAAAAAAGAAAGUAAGAGGUUUAUCGGGUAAUGAAAGUUUUAAUUUUAAUCAUAAAAUCUUUUGGAGGGGUCAGACAGGCUUAUCAGAAAAGGUUGGUGGCGAAAAGGGGAAAAAGGGGUUUUUACGAAAAGCAGAUUGACUGGUAGCUCAAGAACAGAGAGAGAGAGAGAGGGAGGGCAAGGGCAAGGGCAAGGGCAAGGGCAAGGACAAGAGCAAGACGAUAAACCCUAGAGGGAAUCGGAUUGCCGGGAAAUUAUCUGUUGUUUGUGGGUUUUUUUUCCGAGACUGGGUUGAGCUGAGAUUUAUUUGCUCAGUUCUCUUGCCUUUUUCUCUUGAUUUCUGGGUUCCACUGGGAAAAAGGGUAGAUUUUGUGGUUUUGAAUUUUUUUUUGUGCACAUGCCGGUCGAUUUGGAUAACUCAUCCACAGUUUCCGGCGAGGCAAGCGUCUCCUCCACCGGAAAUCAAAACCCACCUCCUAAAUCCGCCGUUAAAAAGAAGCGCAACCUACCCGGCAUGCCUGAUCCAGACGCGGAAGUCAUAGCUCUGUCGCCGAAAGCCCUACUGGCGACGAACCGAUUCGUAUGCGAAAUCUGCAACAAGGGUUUUCAGCGCGACCAGAAUCUCCAGCUCCACAGACGCGGCCAUAAUCUGCCAUGGAAGCUCCGGCAGAGAUCGAGCAAGGAGGUGAAGAAGAAGGUCUAUGUAUGUCCGGAGCCCACUUGUGUCCACCACGAGCCUUCACGCGCUUUGGGAGAUCUCACCGGCAUCAAGAAGCACUUCUGUCGAAAACACGGCGAGAAGAAGUGGAAGUGCGAGAAAUGCUCUAAGAAAUACGCCGUUCAGUCCGAUUGGAAGGCCCAUUCGAAGAUUUGCGGCACCAAAGAGUACAAAUGCGACUGCGGCACUCUGUUUUCCAGGAGGGAUAGCUUCAUAACGCACAGGGCGUUCUGCGAUGCGUUGGCUGAAGAGAGCGCCAGGAACCGCAACCACAGCAAGAAGCAGAAUCCUGAAAUGGGUAUCCGGGAAACUGUAGAUUCCGACCCGAAAACCCCAGCCACUUCUCAGUCGUCGCCGCCACCGUAUCCGCAUCCGCAUCCGCCGCCGGCUGCGGCUCCGGCUCCGGCUUCCGUGCCGGUUGGAACUGUUGCCCAGGUUGAUGCUAAGCCAGCGGAAAUCAUAUCUUCCUCGGCCUUGUCGAUUCGGCGUUCAGCUGCAGAAUCCCCAGAAAUCUCUCCUGAAGUCAUUGAAGAAAUUCCAAGGACGAUCUUGAACAUGAACUCCAACAGUAACACAGCCUCAACCCCAAGCACUAACCUUAGUGACAACAAUGGUGUUUUUGCUGGCUUGUUCGUGUCUUCCACAGCCUCACCGAGUUUAUACUCCACUACUUCUACAGCUUCACCAUGUCUUUUCGCACAGUCCACUUCCGUCGAACCCAUCUCUCUCUGCCUCUCGACAAAUCACGGGUCACCCUUGUUUGGGUCUGCACUGCAGGACCCAGCACAGUUCCCGAACCCUCCGCCUCAACCAGCCAUGUCUGCCACUGCUUUGCUUCAGAAAGCCGCUCAGAUGGGGGCAUCAGGGGGGUCGUUGCUUCGUGGGUUAGGGAUUGUUCCAUCUACUUCAUCGACAAUGGAUCUGAGCAGCCAGGACAUGUCUCUGGCUCCUGGGCUCGGACUGGGACUGCCUUGCGGAGGCGGCAGCAGUGGCUCGGGUUUGAAAGAGCUCAUGAUGGGGAACUCCUCUGUGUUUGGUCCGAAACAGACAACGCUCGACUUUCUAGGACUAGGAAGGGCGGUAGGGGGAGGUGGUAGUCAUGGUGGCGGACUCUCUGCUCUGAUUACCUCCAUCGGAAGCGGCGGCUUAGAUUUAACGGGGUCUUUCGGGGGUGGAGAGUUUCCGGGUAAGGACAUCAGUAGAAGCUCGUAGAGACAAGACGAAGUAGAGGAAACAGCAUAUUACAGUAAGAAGAGUAGUGAUGUUGGAAGAGAUUGAAUUUUUUAGAUAUCUGGAUCUUUGUUUGGCCUAGUGUCUUGCCCUUACCGGGGUUUCCAGAAGUACAUACAGUUUCUAGUAAAAGAAGAAACUUCCGCAUUUGCGGUAAUAAUUUGAAUCAUAACCAGAUUUAUGGAUUUCUUA